CAUGUAUAGCCGCCAAUCAUUUAAGCUUACCCUCCAGUCAGUGCAGUGUGUCCUAGCCAAUAACCCAGCAUAUGCGAGGCUAUCACUGCCCCUAAUUGUCUCAUAACACACAGAGGACGACGUGAACGGCUCGGGAAAAAGGCUCUCUGACCAAUCCACCUUUAGUUGUCUCAAAAUGGACGCUCGACAAAGAUUAACACGACGCCUUCCUCCUCUGCCAUCUUCUUUGGGAAAUAAAGACGCCCAGACUGAAUCCGAGAGCCAGACGCCUUCUACCCUGUACAGACGAACUCUCCGGAAAGUCGUUAUCAAGAAACCGUCGCUGUGGUCAUGUUUGUUCGCAGCUCGCAGAGACCAGCUUUGGUACAGGAUGAAGUCGGAGCCUCGCGGUCUUGCCUUCAUCCUCAACAACAAGCACUUCGACACCAUGAAGGUUCGCCACGGCUCGGACUGUGACUCCCGCAACAUGGAGCAUCUUCUCAAGGCGCUGCGGUUUACCACUGUGGUGCACAGGGAUCUCACGGCUGAGGAAAUUAUGUCCGAACUGAGAAAGUUCUCUCUCCUGGAUCACUCGGACUACGACUGCUGUGCCGUGGUCCUGCUUAGUCACGGAAACGCCGAGGCCAUCUUCGGAACGGACGGCAAACCCGUCAGCUACAGCGCCACCCUCCAGCCCUUCGACGGGCAGCACUGCAAGGCGCUCAUCAACAAACCCAAACUCUUCUUCAUGGAGGCAUGCAGAGGAGAUAUGACAGACAGUGGAGCGGAUGAAUUUCCGCUCUUGCUGCCGUUCAGCUACCAGGUCACAGAAGCAAACAGGCAGAGGAACUACUUUGUACCGAGCAACAUGCCCAGCAUCUGUGACAUCUACCUCGCCUUCUCUACCGUUCCAGGUUACACGUCAUGGCGGAACUCCCAACGUGGCAGCUGGUUUGUCCAAUCACUGAUCGACGUUUUCUCUGAGCACGCCGCCAGGGAGGACCUGUGCUCUCUCAUGACAAGAGUGAAUCAAAAGGUGGCGCUAUCCUUCGAAUCACAAGGUGGAAAGCUGACCCAGAGGAAACAGGUGCCCGCACCCGUAAACAUGCUGACCAAGAAACUUUUUUUCUUCCCUGAGUAUGCCAGGUAGACGCUCUAGAAUAGGACAUUUGCAAAAUGUUAAAGUCAUAACGAGAUGCAGUUAUGAAUAAUCAUUGACAUUCAAAGAUAAUUACUUUUGCACUUUUUGAAUUAAUGUUUCAGUUGCUACUGAUGCCUGUCUAAAACAUUCAAUAAAGUGAUCACAGUUUGUCUUCAA